AGCUCUGUGUCCUGAUCUGAGUAAUCCUGCCAAUGGUGUUGUAUCGCAGUCUGGAAAUUCAGAGGGCGACACUGCUACCUACACCUGCAAUAGUGGAUACGAGUUGGUUGGACCUCAAGCUCUCAACUGCCAGAGUGAUGGAACCUGGGAUGACAUUCCUCCAGUUUGUAGACCUCUGUGUCCUGAUCUGAGUAAUCCUGCCAAUGGUGUUGUAUCACAGUCUGGAAAUUCAGAGGGCGACACUGCUACCUACACCUGCAAUGGUGGAUACGAGUUGGUUGGACCUCAAGCUCUGAACUGUCAGAGUGAUGGAACCUGGGAUGACAGUCCUCCAGUUUGUAGACCUCUGUGUCCUGACCUGGGUGAUCCUGCCAAUGGUGUUGUAUUGCAGUCUGGAAAUUCAGAGGGUGACACUGCUACCUACACCUGCAAUGGUGGAUACGAGUUGGUUGGACCUCAAGCUCUCAACUGUCAAAGUGAUGGAACCUGGGAUGACAUUCCUCCAGUUUGUAGACCUCUGUGUCCUGAUCUGAGUGAUCCUGACAAUGGAACGGUGACACAGUUUGGAAACUCAGCAGGAGACAAUGCUACUUAUGUCUGUGAUGAGGGAUAUGAACUAGUUGGAGCUCCAGUUCUGAACUGUCAGGACGAUGGGACAUGGGAUAACUCCCCACCUACCUGCACACCGCUCUGUCCAGAUCUUGCUAACCCUGCCAAUGGUGUAGUUACAUUGUCCGGAAACUCAGCAGGAGAUACAGCCACGUACAUGUGCAACAUGCAGUUUGAAUUGAUUGGAGUCCCGGUUCUAAAUUGUCAGGAUGACGGGACAUGGGAUAACUCACCACCUGACUGUCAGAGUAUUGAAGGUGUUACUAUCGGGUUUGUGAGUACCUUGUACAGCGUCAAUGAGAAUGACGAAAUUGCCGUUCUUUCCAUUGCUGUCCUAUCUGGUCAGCUAUCAGAGGAAGUUGUUGUACGAUUGAGCACAGAAGAUGACAGUGCCACAGACCCGGAAGAUUACAUCUGUGUUAAUAUACGCUCACAUUUGGUCCUGACUCAACAGAACAGCUUGUGAUGAUUUCAAUAACCAAUGAUACUGUGUAUGAGCAGCUAGUUGAAGAAUUCAUCUCCAACCUGGUGUUGGUGACUGACAAUGCAAAUGUUAUAGUCAGACCAGCUAGAGCAACUGUAAUGAUUUUUGACGACGACAUACCAGCUCCAGUGUUUGAGAUGACCAUGUACACUGUACCAGAGGAUGAUCCAGGCAGUGUCCGACUGUGUGUUGACAUUGGUGUGGAGAUUACUGAACCAAUCACCUACACCAUCACUACUGCCCAGAAGAACCCUCCCCAGGCUGAAGAUUCAGAUUUCACUGGUGGAACUACAAUCACAAUAGCACCUCCUGGGACAGAGUCCUGUACUAACUUUUCAGACCUUGUUGUCAAUGACAACAUCGGACUGGAGGGAAAUGAAGCAUUCACCAUCCUCAUUGAUGGGUCCAUGGCUAUGGUCACCAUCACUGAAGAUGAUGAUGUGUCCAUUGGAUUCAACCCAACAGCGUACAUGGUUCUAGAAGGUGGUUCUGUAGACUUGAUCAUAGAGAGAAUGGGAGAUGCCGAAGAUCCAGUUGUUGCUACUGUACUCACUAGAGAUGGAAGUGCAACAGCUGGAGAAGACUAUGUCAGACUGGACGGUGUAGAAGUGACUUUUCUUCCUGGAGAGUUUACUCAGACAGUCACCCUGAAUACAAUGGCUGAUCUGCCAGCUGAGGGAGAUGAAGACUUAGUUGCAACUCUUUCUGCUGUUGAUGCUAGAGUUGAUGUCACUCAGCCUGAAGCAAGCGUCAUCAUCACAGAAGAUGUUGUCCCAUCGAUAUCCUUCUCAACUGAGAAUGUUGAGGUGGGAGAAGGAGAUGGACCAGCUGUAGUAUGUCUGGAUCUCAGUGUCCCACUCUCUACUGAUCUACAAGUGGUAGUCUCUGCAUCCGCUGGAACAGCUGACAGUGGGAGUGACUUCUCAGCAGGCACACAAACAGCGUCAUUCGCUGCUGGAUCUACAAGAGCCUGUGUUAAUUUCGUGAUAAUUGACGACGAUCUUGCUCUGGAAGGGAACGAGACUUUCACAGCCACAUUUGAAACACCAGGCGGUUUCGCAUCUGUGGAUCCAUCAACAGCUACUGUCACUAUUGUAGAUAAUGAUGUGUUCACGAUCGAGUUCACAGAGGACGACUACAGUUAUGUAGAGGGAGAUCCCAAUGCUCGUGUGUGUCUGGAAGGUAUUGGACAGAUAGUUCAGCCAGCCACUGCCACCGUAUCAUCUCUCGCCCAAGGAACAGCAACAGUUGGGGAAGACUAUGUGGCCCUGAAUUCUGACCAAGUUGAAUUCACCCCCAACGGAGAAAGUACUGUUUGCAUAUCAGUCAGUGUAACAGAUGACCCUUUUCUUGAGGAGGUGGAGUCAUUUCCACUUACAAUUGACUCUGUUUCGCCAACUCCUGGAGUUGUGACAGGAUCACAAAGCUCCACAACUUUCUUCAUAAGAGAUAAUGAUGCCGUGUCUGUGGGAUUCAAUCCGACCGAGUACAUGGUAGUGGAAGGUGGGUCCGUACAGUUGACAAUAGAGAGAAUUGGAGAUGCCCAGGAACCAGUUGCUGUACUGGUAACUACCACUGAUGGAACUGCAACAGCUGGUGAAGGUGAUUAUACACCCUUGAUGCAAGUGCAAGUGACGUUCAAUCAAGGAGAGUCUACCAAGACAGUCACCCUCAUUACACUGGAUGAUGUACCAGCCGAGGGUCCCGAGUACUUGGAGGCUACACUCGAUGUUGUUGACCCAAGAGUGACAGUCUCUACAGCCAAUGCUACAGUUGUUAUCACAGAUGACGUUGUUCCGACAAUAUCGUUCUCAACAAGCAAUUACGUUGUGGGAGAAGGAGACGGAACAGUCGAAGUGUGUCUUCAACUGAACGUGCCUCUGGUAGCAGACAUUGACUUCACAGUGACUGCUGCGUCUGGAACAGCCACUGCUGAUGAGGACUUUGUGGAUGAGGAGCAAAGAGCCGUUUUCCCCAUUGGAGAGACCAGGGCUUGCAUUGAUUUCAAAAUUACUGAUGACCGUCUUCAAGAAAAUGAUGAAAUUUUCACUGUCGCGUUUUCUUCACGACCUGGAAUAACGACUGGAGAUCCUGCCACUGCAACUGUCACCAUCAUUGACAAUGAUGAUCCAGAGCCAGAGUUUGAUCAGACAAUGUACACUGUACCUGAGAACAAUCGUACACUUCCUCUGUGUAUAGAUAUUGGUGUGCUAGUGUCUGAAGCUAUGGAGUUUACCAUCACUGCCAGUAAUAAGAAUCCUCCUGAAGCUCAGGAGGCUGAUUUUAAUCCUAGCACUACUAUUACUGUACCUGCUGGUGGUUCAAUGGCCUGUAUUGACUUCACUGGCCUUGUUGUGGAUGAUAACAUUGCUCUUGAGGGAGAUCAGAGCUUUACCAUAAGUGUUGGGGGCUCUACAUCAAUGGUUGUCAUUGUUGAUGAUGACAUUCCACUGAUUGAAUCUGGUGAUGUUAUUAUCAACGAAGAUGGAGGCAUAGCUGUUGUGAAUGUGCGUCUAUUGAACGAGAUUGAAAACAACUUUACGUUGGACUACAGCACAGGAGAAGUACCAGAUGGUGCUAACGAGGGUGAGGAUUUUGGACGAAGAGGAGGCAGAGUUGUCUUCACUCCGAGAGGAGUGAAACAGCGAUCAAUAGAGAUCCCAAUCACUGACGAUCAACAGACUGAGACAGAUGAACCACUGUUUGUCACCUUCUCGUCCGAGGACAUACCAGCAGACAGACAGGACAUGAUUCCGAGUCCCAUGGUUAUCAUCAUUGACAACGACAUUACUGUUGGAUUUGAUCCGAGUGAAUAUUCAGUAGCCGAGAGACCAGGUGGUUUUGUGACAUUGACAGUCACCCGAAGUGGAAACAUCGACCUAACAGCUAAUGUGACACUACUAACGUUGCAGGGGAGUGCAGAUGAUAUGGACUUCACAAUAGUGUCAACAACAGUGGAAUUUGGACCUGGAGAAGACAGUGUGCCAGUGAAUAUUUCUAUAACUGAUGAUGCCGUCCCAGAAGGGGUUGAAGUGUUCACUGCCACACUGAUGUCGAAUGCCCCAAAUGUUGUUGUCAGUGGUAGCGAAGCCACCAUCACCAUUUUGGAGAAUGAUCAACCCGUGAUAGGUACAAUUGUCAACGAUACAAUCAUUGGGGAUCCCCUCUUUACCGUGACUCUACCAAACGAGGACGAAUUCAUGUGCUACGAGGUCCACGGCUACUCUGGGAAAUACUUCAACCUCGUCUCAGACAGUUGUACAUCGGUCAAUGCCCUCUUCUCCCAGUUACCAGAUAACGAUAGGAUCAACCUAAUGAGUGAUAUUGGGAUCUACACAAGGGAUGACGACGGACAGUGUAUUCAGAUCCAAAUAAGUGUCACCGGCUGCUCAGGCUCUGUGGAUGGUCAGGCUCUAACUUCUAGCUACCAGGUGGCCGGGGUGAACGUUCGCUCUUACCCCAACCGCUGGCGGGUGUCUGCACCAAACUGUGGUUCCACGCAACUCGUGAUGUGGAUCUUCUGCAAGAGUGAACCGGACAUGUUGCGAUUCCACAUCGCAAGAGGCAACAACCUUGACCCCACCUCCCACGGGCUCCUCGCUCAAUUCUGGAACAUUCCGAUCAAUAUCACGACGAGGAACGGUGAACCGUAUGUGCAAGUGUUUGAUCCAACGCAUGAGAACUACCGUCUCAUCCCGGCGUUUCCCGCACCUCGAACCUGGGACCACACCCCCGCUCCCUGCUACUACGUAGGAAACGCACAGGGUGGACCGUCAAGAUCCCAUGAUCCACGGGAAUCGGUGAUCGAGGGAAAAGUUGAUGACUAUGAGACGUCUUCUCUGUUUUCACCAAUUUUCCUCUACGCCCAGUUUGAUGAGUCAGUGUGUUCUACUGCAGCUUGACAUUUUUAGUAGAUUGUUAGAGAAACAAAACACAAUUUUUGUUGGUUCUUGAACAAAAUUAUGUGCGGUAGCUGAUUGUUGUAAAUUUUUCACUUGCGAGGUUGAUUGAUUUUUGUAAACGAAAAUGCGCCCGUGCGCGAUCAAAGUAUAUUUUGCCCGUUAGG